AUGUCGAAUCAAGGAUACUACGGCGGCGGAGGCGGCGGCGGAGGAGGCGGCGGAGGACACUAUCCCCAGCAGCCGAGCUACUCGCAGAACCAACCUCAGGGCUACAACCAGUCCCAAGGCUAUCAGCACUCCGGCAGCUAUCCCGAGCAGCAACAAUACGGAGGCCACCAGUCCCACUCCCCCUCCUAUCACCAACCUCCGCCAGGCCACGGACCAAGCUCUUCCCCCCAUCCCCAACAGCCCAGCUACGCCGCUCCGUCGCACGGCCAGCACCCCCAACAGCCGGGCUACAGCUACGACAACCGCAGCCACUCGCCCCAGCCGCCCACUCAUCAGCAGCAGCAGUACGCCGGCGCGCACCAGGCCGGCGGCUACGGUCAGUCGCAGCCGCAGUAUCACCAGGCCGGCGGCGCCCCCGGCCAGCAGCAGCAGUACGGACCCGGCCAGCCCGGCGCCGGCCCGGAUGGUGAACGCGGCCUCGGCGCCACUCUCGUCGGCGGCGGCGCGGCGGGGUGGGCCGCCCACAAGGCCGGCGGCGGGUUCCUGGGCAGCCUCGGCGCCGCUGCGGCGGGUGCCGUCGGCGCAAACGUCCUCGAGCACGCCUUCAAGAAGAAGAAGAAGCACAAGAAGUCCAAGAAGUCCAAGAAGUACGGCCAGCGCGGCUUGGGCAGCGGCAGCAGCAGUGGCUGCGGCAGUGACUGCAGUUGCAGCGGCUCCGACUAG